GCUCCCAAUGCUGAACAUGUCCACCCCCAGUGACCUCAAGUCUCCUUGCGUAACGCGGAACGGCAUGGUCAAGCUGCCUCCCCAGCCCAAUGGCCUGGGCUCUGCCAGCAUCACCAAAGGGACCCCAGCUGCCAAGAACCGCCUGUGCCAGUCCUCCUCGGUACCCACCAUUCUGCCUCCGCCGAGCCUACCGUACCACCUGGAGCCCUUGCCCACGGCUGCCUCGCUGCUGGGGCCCGACCUGGACACUAGCCCCCUGACGGCCAUGAAGCCCCCGCUAAGGCAGUUCCCCAAGCCCCUGAUGGAGAGGCAGCUGGUCCUUGAUGAGAAGGUACUGAACAGGCUACUGUGGUACUUCACCACGGCGGAGAAGUGCAUCCUGGCCCAGGUGUGCAAGACAUGGCGGAAAGUGCUCUACCAGCCCAAGUUCUGGGAAGGGGUGACCCCCAUCUUACACGCUAAGGAACUGUACGCCCUCCUGCCAAACGGGGAGAAGGAGUUUGUCAGCUUGCAGGCGUUCGCGUUGCGGGGCUUCCAGUCCUUUUGUUUGGUGGGCGUCUCCGACUUGGACAUUUGUGAGUUCAUUGACAACUAUCCCCUGUCGAAGAAAGGGGUCAAGUCAGUCAGCCUGAAGAGGUCAACCAUCACAGACGCAGGACUCGAGGUGAUGCUGGAACAGAUGCAGGGCCUGAUGCACCUGGAGCUGUCGGGCUGCAACGACUUCACCGAGGCGGGCCUGUGGUCGAGCCUGAACGCGCCUACCUCGCUCAGCGUCAGCGACUGCAUCAACGUGGCAGACGACGCCAUCGCCGCCAUCUCCCAGCUGCUGCCCAACCUGUCCGAGCUGAGCCUGCAGGCCUACCACGUCACGGACACGGCCAUGGCCUACUUCACCGCCAAGCAGGGAUACACCACCCACACGCUGCGGCUACACUCCUGCUGGGAGAUCACCAACCACGGCGUGGUGAACAUGGUGCACAGCCUACCCAACCUCACCUCACUCAGCCUGUCCGGCUGCUCCAAGAUCACGGACGACGGCGUGGAGCUGGUGGCCGAGAACCUGCGCAAGCUCCGCAGCCUGGACCUGAGCUGGUGCCCCCGCAUCACCGACAUGGCGCUGGAGUACAUCGCCUGCGACCUGCACAAGCUGGAGGAGCUCGUGCUGGACCGGUGUGUGCGGAUCACUGACACUGGACUGGGCUACUUGUCCACCAUGUCUUCUCUUCGGAGCCUUUACCUGCGCUGGUGCUGUCAGGUUCAGGACUUUGGCUUACAACAUCUCUUUGGUAGGAGCCUGAGGUUGCUCUCCCUAGCCGGGUGCCCUCUGCUGACCACCAACGGCCUCUCAGGCCUCAUCCAGCUGCAGGACCUGGAGGAGCUGGAGCUGACCAACUGUCCUGGAGCCACGGCCGAGCUCUUCAAGUACUACUCCCAGCACCUGCCCCGCUGCAUGGUCAUCGAGUAGCCACCGGGGGCGCCGGAGUGCCGGGAGGCA